UUCCAUAAACUUCCUGAUCACAGGAUUCCCUUUUGCCAUCGACGGACGGAGCUCUAGGUGGAGGAAGAAAUCGAGGCCAAAAUUCAUCGUUUCUCUUUGAUCUCCUUGCCGGAAUCAUGUCCUCCUUCAGCGGCGAUGAGACUGCUCCUUUCUUCGGAUUCCUCGGAGCCGCUGCCGCCCUCGUCUUCUCCUGCAUGGGAGCGGCGUACGGGACUGCAAAGAGCGGUGUUGGGGUGGCGUCCAUGGGUGUGAUGCGGCCGGAGCUGGUCAUGAAAUCGAUCGUGCCGGUUGUCAUGGCAGGGGUGCUCGGUAUCUACGGGUUGAUCAUUGCUGUGAUCAUAAGUACCGGGAUCAACCCCAAAGCAAAGUCAUACUACCUUUUUGACGGGUACGCUCAUCUCUCCUCGGGCCUCGCUUGCGGUCUUGCAGGUUUGUCUGCAGGCAUGGCGAUCGGGAUCGUUGGCGAUGCCGGUGUUCGGGCCAACGCGCAGCAGCCUAAGUUGUUUGUUGGCAUGAUUCUCAUUCUCAUCUUUGCUGAAGCACUGGCACUCUACGGUCUCAUUGUUGGUAUCAUUCUUUCCUCUCGCGCUGGCCAAUCCAGGGCAGAUUAAGAUUCUCAAGCUCAACAUUCGGUAUCCACUGGUGACUUGUCUCCAUGUUCAUAUUGAAUAUCCAUACAAUCGAGUUUGCUUUCUUGGUUUUAUGUUGCAUUCUGAGUAGAGAUAUGUCUGCUAAGAAAGUUUUCACAAUACUAUUUUUCUGCCAGCCACAUUGUUUUGGUCGAUAUCAUGCAAAUGGACGCUAUAUGUUAAUUGACAUAAUUUUUUAUCCGAUAAUGUUAUCCAUCUUUAGAUGGAAUGGAAUUUCGAUUGAUGUACUAGACAACUUGACAUAUCAGUGCUUCACACAUUUACACUAAAAGAGGAUCAGAAUAAUUCUCUAAGCACUCAAGGGUCAUGUGUAUGUUUGUUUCCCCUAAAGGACUUGGCUUGAUUAUUUAGGAACUUGAGGGUUCAUGUGUACAAUUUUAUAACCUAAAUGAUCUGAUUUGGAUCAUUUCUAAAUUUUAGAAUUUUUCUGUAACCAUUUGAAAUCCAUAUUCGAUAGAUGUGCAAUUUUCUCUCUUUGAGACUCCUAAGCGUCCAUGUGUGUAGUUUUCUUACUAACCUAAAUGGCCUUAUUUAAGUCAUCAAGAAACACUCUUUAGUGGUUAAUUUGAAGUCGAACAUCGGAUUAUGUCAUGUGAAAGAUUACUACUCUGGAAGUCUGUCUUAUAUUUUAUCAUUACGGGGUUAAAAUAUAAAAUAUAUUGAAGCUUAAAAAAUAGAGAGUAAUUUAGAGAUAUUCUUUUAAGAAUGAAAAGACGGUGAGUUCCAUAGUUAGUUUAUUAAAAAUGAAUCGGUAAAUCCGAUCCGAAUGCUUGGAGUUUUAUCCGCCACAGCUCGGAUGAAGACAACCUGCUCGUUCCUGAUCUCCUACUUCGCCCGAGUCACAACAGGCACAAAUACUCGCCAGUCCUUUCUUCGUCCCAAUAGGGGUCCAUCUCGUGCCGCGGCCUACGCGAACCACGUCACACAUGACGCGUUCAAACACGAGGCGCCAGAACACGCGAUCCGUCCCCAAGCUCUGCCAAACCCAGCUGUCAACUGUCUCCAUGUAAUAAUCCAAGCUUGGAGCUCAGACCAGUCUGCUUCGUCCUCCCUCCACCGAUGGCCCUCCCCAAGCUUCUCCUCUUCCUCCUCCUCGCCCUCGCCAAUGCCGGCGAACCCCAAGAGGAAGGCACCAGCUCGAGAAGCCUAGUGAGGGACUCGGUCACCGAGUGGCCCUCCUCCUUCCCGUUCGCCCAUUUCGAGAAGAACGACGACGACGACGACUUCGAGCUGUAUGGGGAAGAAGAAGAAGAAGAAGAAGAAGAAACGGAGGAGGAGUUGAGGAGCAAGAGACGGCGACGGCGGCGGCGGAGCCAUCCGGUGUUCUUGCCGCCCCAGGCCCGCUACUUCAUCUCCUACGCGGCGCUGUCGGCCAACCGCGUCCCCUGCCCGCCGCGCUCCGGCCGGUCCUACUACACCCACAACUGUCACAUGGCGAGGGGACCUGUCCACCCUUACUCCAGGGACUGCGAAUCCAUCUCCCGAUGCAGGAGGUGAUCAUCAUUGGCCAUGGCGGAGAAAGCUCUUGUCACAUAAUUUACUACUACGCUUCUGCUUCUACUCCAGCUCCACUAUUUUACCUGCAUUUCUGUGAUGCCAUCGCUAUUCUAUCUAUCAAUGUUUUUGUUCGUCUACUAGUAAGUUAUGAAGAUCCAGCGCUAAUUUCAUUGGA